UGAUGCUGAAAAUACAGCUGCACAUCACAGAAAUACAUUACACUUUAACAGAGAUUCACACAGAGAACAGCUGUUUUAAACUGUAAUAUUCUAUCAUUUUUACUGUGUUUAUUUGUGUUACUGACCCCCAGUCUUUGACUCCUGCUGUAUAUUCAGACUGAUAUCUGGCUCUGGGGAAUGUUGUGGCACAUGUUUGCUGUAUUUCAGAGUAACUGAGGUGUUCUGUGUUUAAUGUGAAGACUCAUCUGAGACUGAAGCAUCGCUGUGGAGACUCAAACAUCAAGCCUGUGAUGAUCUCCUGAGACUCAUUACCUCGAUCAUCACAAACACAGUAACGAGGCUCAGACAGGAGCAGAUCUGCUCUCACAUCGCUGCUCGUGAUGGCUGUGGACUUCAGUGGACGCUGGAAGCUCUAUGAACAGGAGAACGCAGAGGACUUUCUCAGAGCCAUAUCCGCUCCAGAGAUUUACAUUAAAAUGGUGAAUGAAGUCAAACCUCUGACCACCAUUCAGCAAAACGGAGAUGAUUUCAGCAUCUGUGUGAAAACUCCUCUGAGAAGCAUCACGAACAGCUUCAGCAUCGGCACUGAGAGCGAGUUCAGCACCAUGGACGGCCAGAAGAUCAAGGCCACAGCUCGACUCAUCGACGGGAAGAUUGUGAUUGAAUCGGAGAAGUUCACACACGUGAGAGAGCUCGAGGGCGAGGAGAUGAUCGAGACGUUCUCUGCUGGGAGCGUGACUCUCAUCAGGAGGAGCAGACGCGUUUAAUCACCUUCAGCCUCACCUGCGACAAGAAAUUACUGACUAGACAUUUUUAGAAACCUUGUGAUAGAAGUAGGCUUACAUUUAACUGCAUUUAAUAUUUUUUUGACACACACACACACACACACACACACACACACACACACACAUAUAUAUAUAUAUAUAUAUAUAUAUAUAUAUACUACAAAAUGCCAUCUCCACUGUAAAAUCAUACAAUAUAAUACUUUUUCAAACGUAAUUACAUAAAUAUUUACAGAUUAUAACAAUGUCCAUGCAUGCUAUGGUACAAUCUCAAUCUCUCAAUGUCUUAUAACAAUGUGCUAGAUUUUAAGUUUGUAUAAUAAUGUCAUGCCUAAUAUAACAUAUAUCGAAACACAUGUAUUCAUAUUAAACAACAACUCUUAGUUAA